CUAGAAGAGCUUUUAAACCCCGUAAUCCAGAACUCUCUGGAACCAAUAUUCCUUUAUAAUCAACUCAAACGACGGUUGCCUACAAUCAUUAUAUCAAGGUUGCCAUUUCACGAUCAGAGCUGCAUCGUCACCAUGUCGAUCACUGCCUUCUUCGGUAACCGUCGACCCAACGCCUUCGACCCAUUUUCACUCGAUAACUGGGACCCAUUCGACGGAUUCCCUUUCCCCUCCAUCACCUCCAACGACCGCCCCAGCACACGAAUCGAUUGGAAGGAAACCCCAACAGCUCACGUUUUCAAGGCCGAUGUUCCUGGGCUGCGGAAAGAGGAACUAAAAGUGGAAGUUGAAGACGGAAAGGUUUUGCAGAUUAGUGGAGAGAGAAGCAAGGAGGAGAAGUCAGCCGGGGACACGUGGCACCGAAUUGAGAGGAGCAGCGGAAAGUUCUCGCGGAGAUUCAGGUUGCCAGACGAUGCUAUAGUCCAGGAUGUGAAAGCGAGCAUGGAAAGUGGAGUGCUCACUGUGACUCUGCCUAAAGAGGCAGAGAAGAAGAAUGCUGAUGUGAGGUCUAUUCAGAUCUCUGAUUGAAAAUUUUCUCCGAUGCGAGUGGACUUAGUGGGUAUGUCUCUGCUUCUUUGUUAGUAUUUUCCAUUUGGGUUUUCUCUGAAAACGUUGAAGUUGGGCUUCUGUUCUUGAUUAAGCUCGUGCUUGUUGAGUACUAAUAACUGAAUAUAUGCAAUGGCAUUUGUUCCA